AUGGCUGACGUGACUAGGGCUCCACGCACGAAGGACUUUGGAUCUACAUCCAUCCAAUGUCUGAUGUUGUCACCGACAAACUACACAGUUUGGUCGAUGAGGAUGAAGGUUCUACUACGUGUUCAUGAAGUGUGGGACACAAUCGAACCCGGUUCAGAUGAUCAAAAGAAGAACGAUGUUGCGAUAGCUCUUUUGUUUCAAUCUGUUCCAGAGACUUUGAUUCUCCAGGUGGGAGAACAAACCGCAUCAAAAGAGAUCUGGAAUGCCAUCAAGUCGCGACACCUAGGAGCUGAUCGUGUAAGGGAGGCGAGACUUCAGACGUUGAUGACGGAGUUUGAUAGGUUGAAGAUGGAUGAUGCAGAUACGGUCGAUGACUUCACGGGGAAGAUAUCGGGCCUAUCAUCCAAAGAAACCUCGUUGGGAGAAAACAUAGAAGAAUCCAAGAUGGUCAAGAAGUUCUUGAAGGGUCUUCCAAGACACAAGUAUAUCCAGAUCGUAGCAUCACUUGAGCAAGUCCUAGAUCUCAACUCGACGGGGUUUGAAGACAUAGUUGGAAGGCUUAAGGCGUACGAGGAGCGUGUAGGAGAAGAAACUCAGAAAGAAGACCAAGGGAAACUGAUGUUUUCGAACAAUGAAGACCAUAGUCAGAGGGGCUAUGAGAAUUCCCGUGGUAGAGUAAGAGGACGGAACGGUAGAGGCAGAGGUCGAGGUAGGUCACACAACCAAAACCGUGCGUCACACACCAAAGAUAACAACUCGAAGAAGAAUCGUUCAAAGCUGAUAUGUUGGAGAUGUGACAAGCCUGAUCACUACGCAACUGUUUGUCCCGAAAAGACAGAGAAGAAUCAAGAAACCAACCUAAACAAGACAGAAGAGGCUGAUGCACUCUAUGUAUACGAGGUGGUGUUUUUGAACGAAGAUAAGGUGAUUCCGAAGAAUCUUAAUAUCGACAAAGGCAGUGCAAGUGUCUGGUAUUUGGAUAAUGGAGCGAGCAAUCACAUGACAAGGAACAAGGAGUUCUUUUCGAGUUUGAAUCUCAACACCAAAGGGAAGGUGAAGUUUGGUGAUGGAUCGUGUGUUGACAUUGUAGGAAAGGGUGUGGUUACCUUUGUGUGCAAGACUGGAGAGAAGAAGGCACUCAAGGACAUAUACUACAUACCCGAUCUGAAGCACAAUAUAUUGAGUCUUGGGCAAGCAACAGAAAACGGAUGUGAGGUUAACAUGAAAGAUGUCUACUUAACGCUCACAGAUUCGCAUGGAAGGUUGCUAGUUCGUGUGACAAGAUCUCCAAACCGUCUCUACAAGACCCCUAUGGAGAUAAGCUACCCGGAGUGUUUACAUGUCAGGGACGUAGAUGCUACAUGGAGGUGGCAUGCUCGACAAGGACAUAUAUGCUAUGGAGUGAUGAACAACAUGGUAAGGAAGGAGAUGGUCGUAGGAAUGCAGAGUGUAACACACGAAGAAGGCGUGUGUGACACAUGUCUCGCAGGGAAGCAAACGAGACACUCAUUCCCGAGUGUAACACACGAAGAAGACGUGUGUGACACAUGUCUCGCAGGGAAGCAAACCAGAGACUCACUCCUGACUAAGGCCAUGGUUCGUACAUCAAAGCCAUUAAGAUUAUUGCUUGGAGAUUUGAGUGAACAAACCGCACCACCAACGACAGCAGAUAAUCAUGAGGCAUUCUAUCGGUUCAAAAGAUCUCACACCGAUAGAGGAGGAGAGAUUGCCUCAGCUAUGUUCAAUCUAGGUUGCACCGAUAGAGGAGGAGAGGUUGCCUCAGAUGUGUUCAAUCUAGGAUGCACCGAUAGAGGAUGA